AGGUCGAAAAGCAUUAAACAUGUAUGGCAAUUUAGCUAGUUAGCUUGCACUUGCUAGCUAAUUUGUCACGUGGGUACCUGCUUCUAUAAACCAAUGAGGAGAUGGGAGAGGCAGGACUUUCAGCGUGAUCUGCGUCAGAAAUAGAAAGGAGUUUUAUUUUAGCCCUUGGCAUCGUGGUGAAAUAAUUGAAUAACAUGGAUUUCAAAAUGUAUUUUGCGAUGCUCGCGCACACGACGUGUCCGGUCUGGUCAGCAUGUAGCUGUACCACUAGAGAUUCUGGGUUCAAGUCCAGGCUCUGUUGCAGCCGGCCCAGCGUCGUCCGGGUUAGGGGAGGGUUUGGCCGGCAGGGAUAUCCUUGUCUCAUCGCGCACAACUCCUGUGGCAUGCCGGGCGCAGUGCACGCUGACACGGUCGCCAGGUGUACAGUGUUUCCUCCAACACAUUGGUGCGGCUGGCUUCCGGGUUGGAUGGGCAUUGUGUCAAGAAGCAGUGCGGCUUGGUUGGGUUGUGUUUCGGAGGACGCAUGGCUCUCGACCUUCGCCUCUCCCGAGUCUGUAUGGGAGUUGCAGCAAUGAAACAAGACUGUAACUACUACCAAUUGGAUACCACGAAAUUGGGGUGAAAAAAAGAAAUAUAUAGAAAUAGUAGAGGUAACUCUGGGUCAUCCUCUCCUGUGGCGGUCCUCAUGAGAGCCAAUUUCAUCAUAGCGCUUGAUGGUUCUUGCGACUGCACUUGAAGAAACUUUCAAAGUUCUUUAAACGUUCCUUCAUGUCUUAAGAGAUAUUGUUAGCUAGGAGGAAGACAUGGAGGGUUCAACGCUGACACAGAGGAGGGCUGAGUGUCAGUUGAAGGAAAGGGAGAUCCAGACAGACUACAUGAUGGAGCUGGGUGCCAGGUUGGCUCUGGUGUGGCAGAUCCAGAGGGAGCAGGAGAAGGAGAGGAAGACGAUUUGGUUUGAGACGAGGAAAAUGCCAAGCCUGAUUGAGGAGAAUGUGAGAGAUGUGACCAACCGUCCACUCACUGAGUUCAUGGCUCCCUGUAUUGACUCCCUCCCACCACUGGCUUUCACCAAUCGGAGGCCUAUACCAACCAUGUUGCAUCCCCCCUCUCCAUUGGCCAUACGCACUCAGGAUGCACAGCGGUUCAUUGUAUUUUCCUACUUUGUCCCUGCUGAGUGCGCAGUUGCCACAGAGGACACUGCAGAUGUAUCUGCUGGUAAAAGAGAGGACUUAUCGACAGAUACACAUCUUUCCUCAAUGCUGCAUCGAUACCUGCCACACUUCUUUAACAAGGACUCCAUUCCCCCACAGCAGACAGUAGAGGAAACCACUGAGGUCUCAGUUGCUCCAGUGGCAAUGUCUAAUAUCAAGGAAGAGGACAGAUUCUAUCCUUUCUCCCUCCCACCACUGGCUCAGCGGUUCAUUGGCAAUUCAUUCAAUGUCCUGGAAACCUCCCAGCCUGCUGUUUCAGCCACGGAGUGCCGAGUUGCCAAAGUGGCCACUGCAGGUACAGCCACUGUCAAGAGAGAGAACCGAUGGGCAGCUAGAAUUCUUCCCUCAGUGCUGCCUCCAUGCCUGCCACCAGUCAUUGACGAUGACUUCAUGCCUCCAGAGCAGACAGUAGAGGAUGCCUAUGAGGUCUCAUUUGCUACAGAGGCCACUUCAGGCACAGCUACUGUUGAUGGAGUGGACAGAUCAGCAGCUAAAUGUCCUGUCCCAAUGCUGCCUCCCAGUCUGCCAUGUGUCUUUGACAUUGACUACAAACUGCCAGGGGCGGCAGUAGAGGGAACCAACAAGUGUCCAGUUGCCAGUGAAACAACCAAUGAUGUGUCCACUCACCUCAAAGAGGACAUGGCAGCCGAUCAAAGCCCUCCUGACCCUGCAGCACUGCCUCCAAGCUCGCCAUGUAUCUGUGACCACAAACUGACCAAGGAGGAAAAAGAGGAUGCCACCGAGUCCUCCCUUGCCACAGAGAUCACUGUAGGCACAUCCAUUGUCCAGGGAGAGGACCUGGAUAAAAGCCCUGCUCCAAGGCUGCCUCCAAUCUUGUCACACAUUUUGGACAAUGACCAUAAGCAGCCAGAGGAGAUGAUAGAGGGCGCCACUGAGUGCUCAGUCGCUGCAGAGGCAUCAGAUGCUAACUUAACUCUGGCAACCCGCAAUGAUGAGCGGCCCACCCCUCUGAUCUGCGUUGUCACUAAGACGCCUGUUAUAGUUGGAGCCUCCAUAAGCAGGUCAGAGGAUGAGGAACCCAGGCCCUGGACCCUGGAAGAUGCAAAGGAUUAUUGGAUACGUCUUGAAAUUGAGAGUGAAGAGAGGAGCGUCAAGGAGGUGAGCCCGAGGGAGGGAUUGAAGAGUGAGGUGGACUGUGCCCAUUCCAAGUGCUCCAAUGGGACGGUUUCAUCAGAGAGAGCAGAGACCAUCCUGGGAAGAGUGGGCUUUCUGGUCAGGAACCACAUGCAGAAAAUCCCGUUUUUGAAAAUGGAGGAAAAAGAGAAAAAUAAGAAACUGAAUUAG